AUGAAAACACAAAAUCAAAGCCGUGUGGUUGAAUUAAUCCUCCUGGGCUUUUCUAACUUUCCUGAGCUCCAGGUGCAGCUCUUUGGGGUUUUCCUGGUUAUUUAUCUGGUGACCCUGAUGGGAAAUGCCAUCAUUAUAGUCAUCAUCUCCCUAGACCAGAGCCUCCACGUUCCCAUGUACCUGUUCCUCCUGAACUUAUCUGUGGUGGAGGUGAGUUUCAGUGCGGUCAUUAUGCCUGAAAUGCUGGUAGUCCUCUCUACUGAAAAAACUACAAUUUCUUUUGGGGGCUGUUUUGCACAGAUGUAUUUCAUCCUUCUUUUUGGUGGGACUGAAUGUUUUCUCCUGGGAGCAAUGGCUUAUGACCGAUUUGCUGCAAUUUGCCAUCCUCUGAACUACCCAGUGAUUAUGAACAGAGGGGUUUUUAUGAAAUUAGUAAUGUUCUCAUGGAUCUCAGGGAUCAUGGUGGCUACUGUGCAGACCACUUGGGUAUUUAGUUUUCCAUUUUGUGGCCCCAGUGAAAUUAAUCAUCUCUUCUGUGAGACUCCCCCGGUACUAGAGCUUGUGUGUGCAGAAACCUUCUUAUUUGAAAUCUAUGCCUUCACAGGAACCAUUUUGAUUGUUAUGGUUCCUUUCUUGUUGAUCCUUUUGUCUUACAUUCGAGUUCUGUUUGCCGUCCUGAAGAUGCCAUCAACCACUGGGAGACAAAAGGCCUUUUCCACCUGUGCCUCUCACUUGACAUCUGUGACCCUGUUCUACGGCACAGCCAAUAUGACUUAUUUACAACCCAAAUCUGGCUACUCACCAGAAACCAAGAAACUGAUGUCAUUGGCUUACACAUUGCUUACUCCUCUGCUCAAUCCACUCAUCUAUAGCUUACGAAACAGUGAGAUGAAGAGGGCUUUGAUAAAACUAUGGCGAAGAAAAAUGAUUUUAAACACAGUCUGA